AAUUGAGAUGCCUCCAGGAGAGGAAGAGGAGGACUGUUCGUGUCUCAGCUGCUCAUCACAGCCUGUACUUUACUUCUGAACAAUUUUUAUUUAAAAAAAAAAAUAUAUAUAUAUUUUUUUUAUUUGUUUGGUGUGAGGAAUCCCUGCAGCAUCAUGAAUCCGCCCUGUGGAAGAUGCAAUAAACAAGUUUACCCCACAGAAAAAAUUAAUUGCCUUGAUAAGUAUUGGCACAAAGGUUGUUUCAGCUGCGAGGUAUGCAAGAUGGCCCUGAGCAUGACGACCUACAAAGGCUUCGAGAAGAAACCUUACUGCAGUAUGCAUUACCCCAAAACCUCCUUCACCAUAGUGGCCGACACCCCCGAGAAUCUGCGUCUCAAACAACAGAGCAUGCUCAACAGCCAGGCGCUCUAUAAGGAGGACUUUGAGAAGAACAAGGGGAAAGGUUUCAGCGUGGUGGCCGACACUCCCGAGAUGCAGAGAGUGAAGAAGACACAAGACCAGAUCAGUCACGCUCUUUACAAGGAGGACUUUGAGAAGAACAAGGGGAAAGGUUUCAGCGUGGUGGUCGACACUCCGGAGAUGCAGAGACUGAAGAAGACGCAAGACCAGAUCAGUAACAUAAAGUACCAUGAAGACUUUGAGAAGAGCAGGGUUCGAAGUGACGCACCUCCUCCUGAGAACAGACAAGACUAUGAGGAACAACCAUCCAACCCUGAGAGAUUCAGUCAGCCGGUCGGACAAACACGCCCUGCUGCAGUAGCACCACCACCUGGUGGAGGGAAACGUUACCAGGCCGUGUACAGUUACACAGCAGCAGAAGCAGAUGAGGUUUCUCUGCAGGAAGGCGACCUGCUGUCAGACGUGGAGCAGAUAGACGAAGGGUGGAUGUUUGGGUGCAACCAGCGUACGGGGCAGCGGGGCUUGCUGCCUGCCAACUAUGUCCGACCUGUGUGAGACAAGACGGACACGAGGAGGUCACCACCAACAAGCAGGCUUUUAUCAAAAUCACCUUUUGCAAAUGAAAACAAAUCUCCAACUGGUUCUGCUUUGCCUUUUUUUUGUCAGUAAUAUGAUUUCAAAUAUGAGUACAAAAGAGGUGGUGGUUUGUUUAAACAUACAUUAGUCAGAGUGAAAUUUCACUUUAGGGAAGAAGAAUGAAACUAAAAUAGUCUGUAACAGAAACUCAGAAAAGAGGAAGGACAGCAGAGGGAUUAAAUUCACAAAACGGAAGAAAUCAUGUUAAAUAAACCUUCAGUUUACUACAAUACUUCACACAUGUAUACUUUCGUUUUUUAUCCUUCUCAGGUAACAUUUACCUUUUCAUGUACUUCAGCAGUAAAGUGCAGCCCAGACAGAAACUGAUGCAUUCAAGUGCUGCAGAUGAGCAACCAAAGAAAAUCAUUUAGGCUGAUUUGAUUAAAAGUGGAAUAUU